AUGCCUUCAACCCGAAACCCGCCAUCCAUGCCCCUCACCGCUCCCCUUUGCCCCUGCCUCUGUGCACCUCAGGUGGUACCGCACAUAACCACGGCCAUUCAGGACUGGAUAGAGCGCGUGGCGCAGGUACCUGUGGACGGCAGUGGGGAGAGUGCUGACGUCUGUGUCAUCGAGCUGGGCGGCACUAUUGGUGACAUCGAAUCUAUGCCCUUCGUUGAAGCUCUUCGUCAGUUUCAGUUCAGAGUCGGGCAGGAGAACCUGUGUCUGGUGCAUGUCAGUCUGGUGCCGGUGCUGGGAGUGGUGGGAGAGCAGAAGACCAAGCCCACGCAGCACAGUGUGCGCGAGCUCAGAGCGCUCGGCCUCAUGCCCAACCUCCUCGCCUGCCGCAGCGCUGAGCCCCUAGAACCCUCCACGCGAGAGAAGCUGUCGCAGUUCUGCCACGUGCCUGUGCAAAACGUGCUGAACCUGCAUGACGUCAAGAACAUCUGGCACAUCCCGCUGCUGCUGCUCGAGCAAGGCGCCCAUCUGUCCAUUCUCAAGCAGUUCCAAAUCGAGCCUUCCGAGCCUCAGCUCCAGGAAUGGGCGCACCGAGCCAAGAGCUGGGACGAACUCACAGAGACAGUCAGCAUUGCCAUGGUGGGCAAAUACACGGGCCUCUCCGAUUCCUACCUCUCAGUGCUCAAGGCGCUACAGCAUGCAGCCAUGGCAAGUGGGCGAAAGCUCAUCAUCGAAUGGGUGGCAUCAUCUGACCUCGAGAAUGCUGCCAAGCAAGAGAGUCCAGACCUGUACAAUGAAGCCUGGGCAGCCUUGAAGAGAGCGGAUGGGGUGUUGGUGCCGGGUGGCUUUGGAGACAGAGGCGUGGAGGGCAAGAUCCUUGCAGCAAACUACGCCCGAACCAACCGCGUGUCGUACCUGGGGAUUUGCCUCGGCAUGCAGAUCGCCGUCAUUGAGUACGCCCGGAAUGUGUUGGGCCAUGCGAAGGCGAGCAGCACGGAGUUCGACCCAGCAUCACCGCACCCGUGCAUCGUCUUCAUGCCUGAGGUAUCCAAGACGCACAUGGGCGCCACCAUGCGCCUGGGCGCGCGAGACACAGUCCUCCACUCGCCCACCUGCCUCGCUGCCAAGCUGUACGGCACUCACAGCAGUGUGAGUGAGCGGCACCGGCACCGCUACGAGGUCAACCCCGACAUGAUUGACGAGUUUGAAGCUGCGGGACUGAAAUUUGUUGGCCGCGACGAGUCCGGGCGCCGCAUGGAGAUCCUGGAGAUCCCAUCGCAUCCGUACUUCCUGGCCGUCCAAUACCAUCCAGAGUUCAAGUCCAGGCCAGGGCGGCCGUCCCCUGUCUUCCAAGCUGGCACUGCCGCUGUUGCUCCUCCUCCCAGCGCCUGCUGUGUUGGUGCUGCUGCUGCUGCUGCUGCUGCUGCUGCCGUUGCUGCGUUUGAAGCACACACAGCCACUUCUGCCUCUGCUCCUGCUGCUGCCCUUGUCACGUGCUGCUGCUGUUGCCGGAGAAAAGAUCUGCUCCCAGUGGGGGUGACAUCGUUACAGCUCCAAUUCCUGCGAGGAAUGCUCGCGCCUUCCAUGAUGCUGCCACUGUUUCUCCUUGGAUUUGAUAAGAUUGAAUCCAAGGGCAGUUUUCUUGCAUUCAAGGCCUCCCUUUUCAAGCUACUCACGCCCCCACCAUUCACGCUCCCACCAUUAAAGCUUCCCGCAUCCCCAGCCGCAUAG